GGCAGUUUCGCGUGACGGUGGAGGCCUCGCCACGCUUCGUCGGUGCUCAUUCUCCACAGCUGUGUUUGGCUGGAUCGCCGACAGCGGCAUCAACGAAGGGACGGUGCAGCCACUGAUUAGCUGCUGAUCCGCGUCUUGGUCGUUGGCCAAACAGAGAAGGGUCUGUCUGUCUGUUCAACGAAGUGUGUCAGAGGCCAUGGCGUCGCCCCCGAGUGAUCCGGGCGGCAUCACGCGGCGGCCGAGCUGUUUCAUCCUUGACUUUUCCAUGACGGGAGAGCGGGUGGAGCAGCGGUAUGAGAUUGACGUCAAGGCGAUUGGGCAGGGCAGCUACGGGUCGGUGUGCAAGGCCAGGGACAGGGACACCAACGUGAUGAGGGCCAUCAAGACCAUCGGCAAGCGGAGGCUCAAGAACAACAGGGACAUCGAGCGGUUCAGGAGGGAGAUCCUGCUCAUGAAACGAAUGGUAGCAAGGGGAGGGGAGGAGGAGAGGGAACGGGCUGAGUGAUCUGUAUGAUUGUCGUCUGUGCCUUCCUGCUUGUGCGUGUCAGAACCACCCCAGCAUAGUGAAGCUCUACGAGGUCUAUGAGGACAAUGAGUACAUCCAUCUCGUGCUCGAGCUCUGUGAGGGAGGAGACCUCUUUGACAGGUAGGUGCGUUGUCUCACACGCACACACCACCCCGCUCGCUGUGGUUGUCACUUUGCUGGCUGUUUGCCCCAAUGAAAUGAAUGUCCGCACACGUGUCGGUCUGUCAGAAUGGUUGCGGUGCACCACUACAGUGAGCGUGACGCGGCGCUGAUCAUGCGUCAGAUCCUCUCGGCCCUUCACUACUGCCACAUCAACGGAAUCGCACACAGAGAUGUCAAGCCGGAGGUGCGCACAGAAGCUACACACAAAGAGACCAGCAGAGGCAAGGCCGCUCUCUCUGCUCUGCUCUGCUCUGCUUUGUUGUCUGUCUGUUUGUGCAUAUAUCAGAACUUUCUGUUUGAGAGGAGCGAUUCGCUGGACAAUUUGAAGAUGAUCGAUUUCGGGCUGGCGUACGAGUGCCGAGACGAGGCCGGCAACAAGAUCGGCAUGAGAACACGGGCGGGCACACCGUACUACGUGUAAGCACGAUAGAGGGGGAGAGAAAAGGCAGAUAUGGAUGGAUCGGCACCUCACCUCAUGCUAUGCGUGUGUGUUAUGCUAUGUCACGCUCCUGCUCUCUCUUGUCAGUGCUCCGGAGGUGCUGCGGGCUGCAUCGGCCGCAUAUGACGAGAAGUGCGAGUGAGUACUGUACGACAGACAAGAGAGGAAGGCACUGCUCUCUACACAAAGGAAGGAACGAACGGCUGGCUGGCCGAGUGGAUGUUGCAGCUUGUGGUCAUGUGGGGUGGUGUUGUUCAUGCUGCUCUUCGGGUACGCGCCCUUUUCGGGCCCCAACGACCGCGCCAUUCUGGACAAAGUUCUCAAAGGCCAAGCUGACAAGGACCCCGUGGCGUGGGAGACCAUCAGCGAACCAGCCAGGGACCUCAUCGACAGACUCAUCCAGUCGGACCUCAAUAAGCGAGUCGACGCUGGAAAGGUCACACCGAAUAGGAAGGGAAAACACGCACACACACGGGUGUGGUGUUAAUGGUGCUUGCAUCCCUCCAUCUAUCCCUGCAUUGCGUCAGGCUCUGAAGCACGAGUGGAUAGACAACUGGGCGCAUGUGCCCGAGGCGCCGCUGAGCCCCAAAGUGCUGUCCCGGAUGCGCAAGUUCGUGGCCAUGCCCGCCCUCAAGAAGGCGGCCUUGCAGGUCAUCGCCUCGCAGUGCUCGGGUGCGCACAUACGACCAAUGAAAUGAAGGCCAGCUGUCUCGGUGCCCUACUAUGUGCGUUUUCCGCCUUCCUUUGCCCGCUUCCUUCCCCACCAGGUGACAAGAUUCAGGAUUUGCAGCUGGUGUUUCAAAACCUCGACAAGAACAACGACGGCUCCAUCACACUGCAGGUAGGUGAUCGAGGUCAACACCAAUCACACCGCCCGCCCGCACGAGUGAGUGGACACGUCCCAUGUGUGUGCCACGUGCAGGAGUUUCGCGAGGGCCUCAACAAGACGGGCAUGGCCAGAUACUUCCCAGACAGAGAAAAGAUACUCAAGGUGGGUGGGUAGGGCAGACAGACAGACACGACGCGACCGACGCCAAGCAAGCCGCCAUGGCGGGGCUCAUUGACCACCAUGCGGCCCUCCCUCCCCUCCUCUCCGUGUGUGUCCCUAGUCGAUCGACUGGGACGGGUCAGGCGUCAUUGACUACACCGAGUUUGUGGCGGCCGCGCUGGAUCACAAGAUCUGCGUCCAGGAAGAGGUCCUGCUGCAGGCAUUUCGAGUGUUUGAUGUCGGUACGUACGCGGCCAUCAGCCACGGGACUGGCCAGUGGUCCCCUCGCUCACUCAUUGUGCACUUGCGAUGUGUGUGUGUUGUCAGACGGUGACGGCGUCAUAACGGCGGCUGAGUUGCGUAAGGUGCUGAUGACCGACAGCGUCAAGGCCGCGUGGGGAACCGAGCCGAUCGAGGAUUUCCUCAAGGACGUCGACACCAACCACGACGGCAAGAUCGAUUUUGACGAAUUCAAUCAGAUGAUGAAAACUCGCAUACCAGCCACCGGGUAAAUGACGACCGUUGCACCUCCCUUUCAUGUCUGCAGGUGCAUGUCUCUCUGUGUCUGGUCUCUCUUCAUCUCUGUGUGUGUGUGUGUGCAGGACAACGCCCCGCGGCCACACUCCCUUCCCCUCCCCGACAGCCGGCGACGUUCCGUGCUCGUCGCUCUCGAUGCCCGCGAUGUCCGUCCAAAUGCACCCACAGAAGCCCCUCGACGACCUCAUCCCGCCAUUCCUCGCCGGCCACGACGGCUCGCUCGUCCCCGCAGACAUGGAUAUCAGCAGCGACGCCGACAACUUCUUCUACUCGCUCGGGCCGCCCACCACCACCACUGGCGCCCCCAGCUCCAACAACCCCAGCAGCAACAUGCUCGGACCGCCUUCAUCGGCUGGCGGCUCACCGCCGCCUUCACACCAGCCCUCCCAGCAACAGCAACAGCAGCAGCAGCGGCAGCCGCUGCCAUUGCUGGCGUCACCGCUUCCCAGCACAACAGCUGCCAGCACAGUGGUGCCGCCCGAGUCACCGCCCCCCACCAAGAAGCACAAGGGCCGCAACGGGAGCAACGUGACGAUGCACUCGGCGGGCGGGGAGUCGCCGCACACGAGUGUGGCCUCGCCCAUGCAGAACAGAGGGGACAGGGAGGCGUAGUGGGGUGCGAUGGGGCGAAUGGUGCGGUGUGGGCGGUUCUGGUUGGUGUGGGUAAGUGUUCGUACGUUCGUUCGGGUGCGCGUUGGCCAUGUCAGGUUUCAGUCAGCGCUGUAUGUAUGCUGUGCCGUACCUACCGUCCCCCCCGCGCACACACGUGCGGGGCGCGGGGCGCUCUUUUUGUCGGUGUACUUUGCCGCUUAAUGAAGGGAGGAAAGGGUGUUGCUUGAAUUGAAGAGUGAAUGGUGUACUUGUAAGUGGGUCCGUCAGUCCGAGUGCCGGUGUGGGUAUGGUAUGUGCCUGUCGGUGUGUAUCUGUCUGUCUGUCUGUCUGUGGCGGCCCUUGCACUGCAUUGCAGCCUGACGUUCCGGCGCAUGCACAUGAUCGUGGGUGGAUGCGUGUGUGUGUGAAGUGAAGGUCAGGCGGUGUGUGAAGUGAAGGUCAGGCGGUGAUGGUGUCAAUCAAUCGGACUGACUGUGUGAUGGUGAGGGGUCAAUCGGACAUCGAAUGGACGGACUGCAGGUUUUGCGUGUCUAAUUGGAGAUGAACUCUCGCUCGAUGACGAUGCAUGCCCUCAUUUGGUUUCAGCCUUGUCAGG